UAUAGAUCAUGAAGCUUGGCCUCUUAGCGAUACAAAGAAUGGAUUGUUUUCAACAGUGUAUGCUGUUGUCUUGUUAUUAAUGGGUGUGAAUAAUUACCUUCAAAACAUUCCUGUUAAACACGAUUUUGUGACUGUUUUCCUAACAGUCAUAUCUCUUUUUGUCCAGUUUAUGGUAUUUUUAUUUGUGUUUCGCUGGUAUAACAACUAUAUUAUUGUAAGAAAUCAAAAGAUGAACUUUCGAAAACAAUUUCGGAAAUACAUGGCGUACCAUGAAAUUCCACCAGGCUUAAGGGAUCGAAUGUUGAGUUAUUUCAAUUUUAAAUAUGGAGAUAAUUUCUACGAUGACAAUACUGUUUAUAGUGUCCUACCGAUUGGCCUGAAAAACGAUAUUAAAAGUGAUCUCUGUGACAAAUUUUUGAAAAAAAUUUACCUCUAUGAGACAUUACCUCGUAGAGCUUUAGAACUAAUAGCCCAUCAUUUGAUAAUGCAAUUUUUUCUACCAGGAGAUCACAUUGUAGAAUAUGGCGACGUUGGUGCAUCAAUGUACUUGAUAUAUGUUGGAUCUGUAGCUGUGUAUAGCAAGGAUCAUAUCGAAAUUUGUCAUUUAAAUGAAGGAGAUUACUUUGGAGAGUUUGCACUAGUUCUGGAUAUACCACGUACUGCAAACGUUGUCGCUAUAACGUUUUGCAAAAUUUUAAAACUUAGCAGGGAAAAGUUCUGCCUUGCCCUUGAAGGAUUUCCGGAAAUCAAAAACCAGAUGGAGAGGGCAUUACUUCAGCAACUUCAAAUUAUUAAAGGACAGUGACUUUGUAACUGAUUGAAAUA